CCCCAUCUCUAUCAGCCUAAGUUCUGGGUCAGCAAUGUCUUCCUCGAAUCACGUUCAACAAACCUGACGAUAAAGUCAGCUCACUCUGUCUGUAAUUUUGCGGAGUCGUCCCCCAUAAAUGAGUAUUGGACCGUGCGCUUAAAGCUUUCUUCCACUUUGGAAGAUAACAUACAAUUCGUGUUGAAUUUCUGAAUUUCGGUUUAAGGAAAUGGAUCACGCGGCGGACGCGCACCGGACGGAUUUGAUGACCAUAACGAGGUACGUGCUGAAUGAACAAUCGAAGCAUCCGGAAUCGCGCGGGGAUUUCACCAUCCUGCUCAAUCACAUCGUCCUCGGCUGCAAGUUCGUUUGCUCUGCGGUUAACAAGGCUGGUUUAGCCAAACUCAUCGGUCUUGCUGGAGAGACCAAUGUGCAGGGUGAGGAGCAGAAGAAGCUAGAUGUGUUGUCGAAUGAGGUUUUCAUCAAGGCGUUGGUCAGCAGCGGCCGAACCUGCAUUCUUGUGUCCGAAGAAGAUGAAGAGGCGACGAUCGUGGAGCCUCCUCUCCGGGGAAAGUAUUGUGUUGUGUUCGACCCGCUGGAUGGAUCGUCUAACAUCGAUUGUGGUGUCUCUAUCGGGACAAUCUUUGGGAUCUAUUACAUAAAACACGCGAACGAUCCAAAACUCGAAGACGUGUUGCAGCCCGGGAAAGAUAUGGUAGCUGCGGGGUAUUGUAUGUACGGAAGCUCUUGCAUGCUUGUUUUGAGCACCGGAGGUGGGGUUAACGGGUUCACACUCGAUCCCUCACUCGGCGAAUUCAUCCUGACUCAUCCGGACAUCAAGGUACCAAAGAAAGGGAAUAUCUAUUCGGUUAACGAAGGGAAUGCCAAGAAUUGGGAUGGGCCGACAACUAAGUAUGUCGAAAAUUGCAAGUUCCCAAAAGACGGGUCGCCGGCGAAGUCUCUUCGAUAUGUCGGAAGCAUGGUUGCCGAUGUUCAUCGCACAUUUCUCUACGGCGGCAUCUUUUUGUACCCAGCCGAUAAGAAAAGCCCGAACGGGAAGCUGAGGGUUCUCUACGAAGUGUUCCCGAUGUCGUUCUUGAUGGAGCAAGCCGGAGGACAAGCAUUCACCGGGAAUCAACGGGCGCUCGAUUUGGUCCCGACGAAGAUCCACGAACGGUCCCCAAUAUUCCUCGGCAGCUUCGACGACGUCGAGGAGAUCAAAGCAUUGUACGAGGCCGAAGGGAAGAAGUAAAAACAAGCAUUGUAAAGAUUCGAUCGAUUCGAAUUUGGAAGUCCGUUGCAACUAAAUGAAUUGGUAAUAAUAUGAAAAGACAUCAGCAAUGUUUGAUCAUAUAUGUUCAAUCCAUAGAUGCAAUUGAAACUUUGUCUAUAGUAAUCACAGCCGUUGGAUGAUAUACAUUCAACGAACGGUCCAGAUGAACCGAGCAUCGCUAAUUUUUUAUAUAUAUAUACUAGCAUAGUAUCCGUGCUAUAUAUGCACGGUUAUAUUUCUUUCUUACAGGCUUUUCGAUCCGAUCAGCUUCGUCAACCCGAAGGUAAUCCCCAUCGCCAUCCACCCCCCGAUUAAAACCCGGGCGGACGACCUGACGACGGGGGCCUUCCCGAGCGCAGCGCCGAGCCACCCGAAUGCCAGCAGGGCGGCGGUGGCGGAAGCCACGAUCGACGCGAUCCUGGCCCGGUAGUCGGUGAUGAAUGAGGCGGCGAGGAGCGGGACCAUCGCUCCGACGGAAAAAGUCAGGGCUGACGCGGCGGCAGCCUGGACGGGAUUCGGGAGAUCCUCCUUGCUGCUGCCGUCGUCGAUUUCUCCGGCGGCUGCCGCAGCCUUCUUGUCCCGACGCAGCUGGGCCACUUCGAUGUCGAGCUGCGAAUAGACGGAGACGAAUUCUCCGAUCGCCAUCGAGCAGGCUCCGGCGACGAGGCCGGCAAAGCCGGUCAAGAUCAUCGCUUUGACAUCGGUUUUGACUGAGCCGAUGCCCAUGAGUAGCGAUGCUGUCGAGACGAGGCCGUCAUUGGCGCCGAGGACGGCGGCGCGCAGCCACUGGGAACGCUUGGAGUAGUCAUAUUGCUUGCCGGAUUCCGGCGCCGCCGCCGCCGGCACUGUUAAUUUGAGGUCGGAGUUUUGUUGGUGGGAAGCCAUUUAGUGUUGGUAAGUAGGAAUGUGAGUGUGGAGAGCACGCGCCAUUGUUUGGGUAUUUAUAGAGUGAAAUUCCGAGGGAUAUGUUGUUCUACACAACUAAUUAUUUAAUAUUGCUUUUCUACUAAAGUUCAUAUUUUUAUUUUUA